UGAGUUUGGCCUGUUGUACUGCCACAUUUCAAGAGAAACUACAGCACUAGCAGCAGCUCCUGCGCCAGGAAAAAAAGCAGCAGCACUUGCGUGGCGUGCUCCGGCAUCUCUUCACUUGGAAAUUAUUUGUUCCACUGAUCGCACAUCAGGAAUUUUCUCCGCUCCAAAGGCGACCAAAGGAACUGGCAGAGCAAAUCGUGGCUCAUUCCGGCUUGAAAGGAGAUGAUAUGGAGUAUCCAGAAUUCUCCGACGAGUGCAAGUCUUCAUUGCGAAGACAUCUGACCAAGGAAGUUUUUGAGGAGCUCAAAGAUGUCAAAACAGAGCGUGGUGUGACGUUGAAAGACUGCAUCAACAGUGGUGUGCAGAACCAGGAUAGCAGCAUCGGCGUAUACCUUGGUGAUGAGGAGAGCUACACUGCUUUCGGCUCACUGGUGAAUCCAAUCAUUGAGGAGUACCACAGCGGCUACAAAGUGACCGACUCACAUCCAGCCGACUUCGAUCCCAGCCACCUGGAUGCACCCAACCCAGACCCCGACAAUGAGUUUGUGGUGUCAACACGCAUUCGAGUAGCACGUAAUCUACGUGGCUAUGGUCUGACCCCAACGCUGGGCAAGGAGGAACGAGUGGAAGUGGAGCAGAAAGUAGUGGGUGUGCUGGAAAGUCUGGAUGGUGAACUGAAAGGCAAAUACUAUCCACUGAGCGGCAUGGACGAUGCAACGGCACAGCAGCUGAUCGACGACCACUUUCUCUUCAAGAAAGGUGAUCGGUUCUUGGACGCAGCCGGCAUCAACGGAGAGUGGCCGGAAGGUCGUGGCAUCUUCCACAACGACAAGAAAUCCUUCUUGACUUGGGUGAACGAAGAAGACCAACUUCGAAUCAUCUCAAUGGAGAAGGGCGGCGACAUUGGUGCUGUGUUCGCACGUCUUGCAACCGCCGUCAACGAGCUGAGCGACAAGCUUGGUUUCCAGUACAAGGAGAACCUUGGCUACCUGAGCUCGUGUCCAACCAAUCUGGGAACGGGAAUGAGAGCCAGCGUACACAUCGCCAUACCACAUGCAUCAGCUCAUCCUGAUUUCAAGAAGAUCUGCGACGAGUACAACGUCCAAGCAAGAGGCAUUCAUGGCGAGCACUCUGAUUCUUCGGGUGGUGUGUUUGACAUCAGCAACAAGCGUCGUCUUGGCCUGUCUGAGGUGGCAUGUGUCCAGGACAUGUACAACGGCGUGAAGAAGCUCAUCGACCUGGAGCGCUCCCUGGCAGCUAGUGACGACGGCUACCCGCAGUUCAAGGAUGAGUGCAAGUCAUCGCUACGCCGUCACCUGACACGUGAAGUGUAUGCAGAGCUGAAGGAUGUCAAGACAGAGCGUGGUGUGACGUUGAAGGACUGCAUCAACAGUGGUGUGCAGAACCAGGAUAGCAGCAUCGGCGUAUACCUUGGCGAUGAGGAGAGCUACACUGCUUUCGGCUCACUGGUGAAUCCAAUCAUUGAGGAGUACCACAGCGGCUACAAAGUGACCGACUCACAUCCAGCCGACUUCGAUCCCAGCCACCUGGACGCACCCAACCCAGACCCCGACAAUGAGUUUGUGGUGUCAACACGCAUUCGAGUAGCACGUAAUCUACGUGGCUAUGGUCUGACCCCAACGCUGGGCAAGGAGGAACGAGUGGAAGUGGAGCAGAAAGUAGUGGGUGUACUGGAAAGUCUGGAUGGUGAACUGAAAGGCAAAUACUAUCCACUGAGCGGCAUGGACGAUGCAACGGCACAGCAGCUGAUCGACGACCACUUUCUCUUCAAGAAAGGUGAUCGGUUCUUGGACGCAGCCGGCAUCAACGGAGAGUGGCCGGAAGGUCGUGGCAUCUUCCACAACGACAAGAAGUCCUUCUUGACGUGGGUGAACGAAGAGGACCAACUUCGAAUCAUCUCAAUGGAGAAGGGCGGCGACAUUGGUGCUGUGUUCGCACGUCUUGCAACUGCCGUCAACGAGCUGAGCGACAAGCUUGGUUUCCAGUACAAGGAGAACCUUGGCUACCUGAGCUCGUGUCCAACCAAUCUGGGAACGGGCAUGAGAGCCAGCGUACACAUCGCCAUACCACAUGCAUCAGCUCAUCCUGAUUUCAAGAAGAUCUGCGACGAGUACAACGUCCAAGCAAGAGGCAUUCAUGGCGAGCACUCUGAUUCUUCUGGUGGUGUGUUUGACAUCAGCAACAAGCGUCGUCUUGGCCUGUCUGAGGUGGCAUGUGUCCAGGACAUGUACAACGGUGUGAAGAAGCUCAUCGACCUGGAGCGCUCCCUGGCAGCUAGUGACGACGGCUACCCGCAGUUCAAGGAUGAGUGCAAGUCAUCGCUACGCCGUCACCUGACACGUGAAGUGUAUGCAGAGCUGAAGGAUGUCAAGACAGAGCGUGGUGUGACGUUGAAGGACUGCAUCAACAGUGGUGUGCAGAACCAGGAUAGCAGCAUCGGCGUAUACCUUGGUGAUGAGGAGAGCUACACUGCUUUCGGCUCACUGGUGAAUCCAAUCAUCGAGGAGUACCACAGCGGCUACAAAGUGACCGACUCACAUCCAGCCGACUUCGAUCCCAGCCACCUGGAUGCACCCAAUCCAGACCCCGACAAUGAGUUUGUGGUAUCAACACGCAUUCGAGUAGCACGUAAUCUACGUGGCUAUGGUCUGACCCCAACGCUGGGCAAGGAGGAACGAGUGGAAGUGGAGCAGAAAGUAGUGGGUGUACUGGAAAGUCUGGAUGGUGAACUGAAAGGCAAAUACUAUCCACUGAGCGGCAUGGAUGAUGCAACGGCACAGCAGCUGAUCGACGACCACUUUCUCUUCAAGAAAGGUGAUCGGUUCUUGGACGCAGCCGGCAUCAACGGAGAGUGGCCGGAGGGUCGUGGCAUCUUCCACAACGACAAGAAGUCCUUCUUGACUUGGGUGAACGAGGAGGACCAACUUCGAAUCAUCUCAAUGGAGAAGGGCGGCGACAUUGGUGCUGUGUUCGCACGUCUUGCAACCGCCGUCAACGAGCUGAGCGACAAGCUUGGUUUCCAGUACAAGGAGAACCUUGGCUACCUGAGCUCGUGUCCAACCAAUCUGGGAACGGGCAUGAGAGCCAGCGUACACAUCGCCAUACCACAUGCAUCAGCUCAUCCUGAUUUCAAGAAGAUCUGCGACGAGUACAACGUCCAAGCAAGAGGCAUUCAUGGCGAGCACUCUGAUUCUUCUGGUGGUGUGUUUGACAUCAGCAACAAGCGUCGUCUUGGCCUGUCUGAGGUGGCAUGUGUCCAGGACAUGUACAACGGUGUGAAGAAGCUCAUCGACUUGGAGCGCUCUCUGGCAGCUAGGUAUGCCGGCUACCCGCAGUUCAAGGAUGAGUGCAAGUCAUCGCUACGCCGUCACCUGACACGUGAAGUGUAUGCAGAGCUGAAGGAUGUCAAGACAGAGCGUGGUGUGACGUUGAAGGACUGCAUCAACAGUGGUGUGCAGAACCAGGAUAGCAGCAUCGGCGUAUACCUUGGCGAUGAGGAGAGCUACACUGCUUUCGGCUCACUGGUGAAUCCAAUCAUCGAGGAGUACCACAGCGGCUACAAAGUGACCGACUCACAUCCAGCCGACUUCGAUCCCAGCCACCUGGAUGCACCCAACCCAGACCCCGACAAUGAGUUUGUGGUAUCAACACGCAUUCGAGUAGCACGUAAUCUACGUGGCUAUGGUUUGACCCCAACGCUGGGCAAGGAGGAACGAGUGGAAGUGGAGCAGAAAGUAGUGGGUGUACUGGAAAGUCUGGAUGGUGAACUGAAAGGCAAAUACUAUCCACUGAGCGGCAUGGACGAUGCAACGGCACAGCAGCUGAUCGACGACCACUUUCUCUUCAAGAAAGGUGAUCGGUUCUUGGACGCAGCCGGCAUCAACGGAGAGUGGCCAGAGGGUCGUGGCAUCUUCCACAACGACAAGAAGUCUUUCUUGACUUGGGUGAACGAGGAGGACCAACUUCGAAUCAUCUCAAUGGAGAAGGGCGGCGACAUUGGUGCUGUGUUCGCACGUCUUGCAACCGCCGUCAACGAGCUGAGCGACAAGCUUGGUUUCCAGUACAAGGAGAACCUUGGCUACCUGAGCUCGUGUCCAACCAAUCUGGGAACGGGCAUGAGAGCCAGCGUACACAUCGCCAUACCACAUGCAUCAGCUCAUCCUGAUUUCAAGAAGAUCUGCGACGAGUACAACGUCCAAGCAAGAGGCAUUCAUGGCGAGCACUCUGAUUCUUCGGGUGGUGUGUUUGACAUCAGCAACAAGCGUCGUCUUGGCCUGUCUGAGGUGGCAUGUGUCCAGGACAUGUACAACGGUGUGAAGAAGCUCAUCGACUUGGAGCGCUCUCUGGCAGCUGGUGACGCCGGCUACCCACAGUUCAAGGAUGAGUGCAAGUCAUCGCUACGCCGUCACCUGACACGUGAAGUGUAUGCAGAGCUGAAGGAUGUCAAGACAGAGCGUGGUGUGACGUUGAAGGACUGCAUCAACAGUGGUGUGCAGAACCAGGAUAGCAGCAUCGGCGUAUACCUUGGCGAUGAGGAGAGCUACACUGCUUUCGGCUCACUGGUGAAUCCAAUCAUCGAGGAGUACCACAGCGGCUACAAAGUGACCGACUCACAUCCAGCCGACUUCGAUCCCAGCCACCUGGAUGCACCCAACCCAGACCCCGACAAUGAGUUUGUGGUGUCAACACGCAUUCGAGUAGCACGUAAUCUACGUGGCUAUGGUCUGACCCCAACGCUGGGCAAGGAGGAACGAGUGGAAGUGGAACAGAAAGUAGUGGGUGUACUGGAAAGUCUGGAUGGUGAACUGAAAGGCAAAUACUAUCCACUGAGCGGCAUGGACGAUGCAACGGCACAGCAGCUGAUCGACGACCACUUUCUCUUCAAGAAAGGUGAUCGGUUCUUGGACGCAGCCGGCAUCAACGGAGAGUGGCCGGAAGGUCGUGGCAUCUUUCACAACGACAAGAAGUCCUUCUUGACGUGGGUGAAUGAAGAAGACCAACUUCGAAUCAUCUCAAUGGAGAAGGGCGGCGACAUUGGUGCUGUUUUCGCACGUCUUGCAACUGCCGUCAACGAGCUGAGUGACAAGCUUGGUUUCCAGUACAAGGAGAACCUUGGCUACCUGAGCUCGUGUCCAACCAAUCUGGGAACGGGCAUGAGAGCCAGCGUACACAUCGCCAUACCUCAUGCAUCAGCUCAUCCUGAUUUCAAGAAGAUCUGCGACGAGUACAACGUCCAAGCAAGAGGCAUUCAUGGCGAGCACUCUGAUUCUUCUGGUGGUGUGUUUGACAUCAGCAACAAGCGUCGUCUUGGCCUGUCUGAGGUGGCAUGUGUCCAGGACAUGUACAACGGUGUGAAGAAGCUCAUCGACCUGGAGCGCUCUCUGGCAGCUAGUGACGCCGGCUACCCACAGUUCAAGGAUGAGUGCAAGUCAUCGCUACGCCGUCACCUGACACGUGAAGUGUAUGCAGAGCUGAAGGAUGUCAAGACAGAGCGUGGUGUGACGUUGAAGGACUGCAUCAACAGUGGUGUGCAGAACCAGGAUAGCAGCAUCGGCGUAUACCUUGGUGAUGAGGAGAGCUACACUGCUUUCGGCUCACUGGUGAAUCCAAUCAUCGAGGAGUACCACAGCGGCUACAAAGUGACCGACUCACAUCCAGCCGACUUCGAUCCCAGCCACCUGGAUGCACCCAACCCAGACCCCGACAAUGAGUUUGUGGUAUCAACACGCAUUCGAGUAGCACGUAAUCUACGUGGCUAUGGUCUGACCCCAACGCUGGGCAAGGAGGAACGAGUGGAAGUGGAGCAGAAAGUAGUGGGUGUGCUGGAAAGUCUGGAUGGUGAACUGAAAGGCAAAUACUAUCCACUGAGCGGCAUGGACGAUGCAACGGCACAGCAGCUGAUCGACGACCACUUUCUCUUCAAGAAAGGUGAUCGGUUCUUGGACGCAGCCGGCAUCAACGGAGAGUGGCCGGAAGGUCGUGGUAUCUUCCACAACGACAAGAAGUCCUUCUUGACUUGGGUGAACGAGGAGGACCAACUUCGAAUCAUCUCAAUGGAGAAGGGCGGCGACAUUGGUGCUGUGUUCGCACGUCUUGCAACCGCCGUCAACGAGCUGAGCGACAAGCUUGGUUUCCAGUACAAGGAGAACCUUGGCUACCUGAGCUCGUGUCCAACCAAUCUGGGAACGGGCAUGAGAGCCAGCGUACACAUCGCCAUACCACAUGCAUCAGCUCAUCCUGAUUUCAAGAAGAUCUGCGACGAGUACAACGUCCAAGCAAGAGGCAUUCAUGGCGAGCACUCUGAUUCUUCGGGUGGUGUGUUUGACAUCAGCAACAAGCGUCGUCUUGGCCUGUCUGAGGUGGCAUGUGUCCAGGACAUGUACAACGGUGUGAAGAAGCUCAUCGACCUGGAACGCUCUCUGGCAGCUGCUAUUCAGUCUCCGUCAACGUCUAUUUCACUGCCAUCCAGUGCAGGGGCGGGAUCCAAUGAGCCUGCAGCCUUGUCUCCGGCUGCUGAGAGCCCAGCUCCUGCGGCCACAGCACCACCGCCAUCAGCCGCAGCAGCUGGUGAUGGAAAAGACUCUAAGCAGAAGCCGGCGAAGAAGAGCAAAUCGUGCCUGAUUCUGUAAGACUGGUAGUUUGUUCCUUGAUCUUUUGCCGCAUUCACCACUGUUUAGAACUCUUUCGGGAUUUGUACAUUGCUCAUUGCAUCUUUUUUAUGUGGAGUCUUUUUCGCUCCGUCUCAGCUGCUUUUUUUUUACUCUCCUUUUUUGCAAUCUAUGUAUCGGUUGGAUUGUAUCAUUCUUGUGAUGAUAGGCGAUGUAGGUUUUCACGGCCUGAAUGUCAGGCCAACCUUGCAUAGCCUGUCAGGCCAACCUUGCAUAGCAUGUCAGGCCAACCUUGCAUAGCCUGUCAGGCCAACCUAGCAUAGCAUGUCAGGCCAACCUUGCACAGCAUGUCAGGCCAACCUUGCAUAGCAUCUCAGUUUUGCUGGCUUACAUGUAUUGUUUCAGGCCUGUAGUUUUACCUUGCUGGACCCGGUUGUCCUUUUCAUUGUCCUUGUCGACCUCGCGCUGUAUUUUCCACCUAUUGUGCACGUUUGCUAAAGAUCUGCUGCUGCAACAAUGGCCCAUCACAGUCACACCUACAUGCAUGGUGUUUGACUUUUUAGAGUUUCUGCAUUUUAUCCAGUCCAUCACCGUCACACCGAUGGUGUGCGACUUUUAGAGUUGCUGCAUUGUAUGCAGUCAUCAUACUCCCGCUGCAUUCUUGUUUUACGUUUUUCCACGUAUAUGUUGUUCAUUAUCUAUAUACAAUAUCUCUGUUCAAUAUCCCUGUAGUAUAGUAGCAUAAUAUAUUCCUAUAGCGGUCACAUUACACCUGGCAUCAAGAGCAUUGUGACUUUUAUUCUCCCCCCCCCCCCCCCCCCCCCCACAACCCCCACCCCUUCCUCUAUGUAGACUCAAAUGUCAAUCAGAACAGGUGAUUGCUUGUCGCCGGGC